AUGACAAAAAAUGUCACUAACUAUGUGUUCUGCCUGCUGUUGCUCAUUCAGUCUGAGCUGCUGUCCACUCCCAGGCUGACUGUUGUGGAGGGCUCUGUGGAGGACCUGCUGGUCACAGAACCAAACCCAGAGGAGCCUGGACACCACAAGGUCACUGGGAUACGUUUAGCAAAUGGAAGCCACCCAAUCUCAGCCAGCUCCGUGGUUCUUACUACUGGUACUUUCUUGACUGGCUCCCUCUUCAUGGGCCAAACCAUGUCACCCGGGGGUCGGAUUGGAGAUGCCCCGUCGAGUGCUGGGCUGUCCCAGACGAUGAAGGAGAGGCUGGGGCUGAGGAUAGGCAGGCUGAGGACUGGUACCCCUCCCAGGAUUGUGAAGGAUUCAGUAGACCUUGCCCAGGCUCACAUUCACCUUCCUGACAGUCAUCCAACUCCCUUUAGCUUCCUCAAUACACACACACGCUGCAAGCCUGAGGAGCAGCUGCCUUGCUACCUGACCUAUACUACCCCCGGUGUAGAGAGAGUGGUGCAGGAGAGUCUUCAUCUCAACUGUCACAUACAGCAAGACACCAAGGGUCCCAGGUACUGCCCCUCCAUCGAGUCUCGAGUGCUUCGCUUCCCAGGCCGAAAGCACCAGGUGUGGCUGGAGCCUGAGGGAGUGACCUCUGACCUUUUGUACCCUCAGGGUCUGUCCAUGACCAUGCCUCCUGACAUCCAGCUCCGCCUCAUCAGAGAAAUCCCCGCCAUGCACAGAGCGGAGAUUCACACACCUGGUUAUGGUGUGCAGUAUGAUUUUGUGUGUCCCACUCAGCUGAGCCCUGCGUUGCAGGUGAAAAGCACCCAAGGUCUUUUUCUGGCCGGUCAGAUCAACGGAACAACGGGGUACGAGGAGGCUGCUGCACAGGGCCUGUGGGCGGGGGUGAACGCCGCCCGCUGGGCACUCUCCAUGCCUGCAGUGACAUUGUCUCGGACUGAGAGUUACAUUGGAGUUCUCAUCGAUGAUCUGGUGAGUCGAGGCGUUACAGAGCCCUACCGCAUGUUCACCAGCCGGGCUGAGUUUCGAACCUCUCUAAGGCCGGACAACGCUGACCUCCGCCUCACUCUGAAAGGAUUUGAGGAGGUGGGAUGUGUGUCCUCCUUACGCUACCAGGAGGCUGUGAGAGUGAGGGACGGUCUGCAUGAAGCACUGGCGGCCCUUCAGUCUCUCGUUCUGUCCUCCCCCAACUGGAAAAAAAAGCUGCCCGACAUCCGUAUGUGUGAGGCCAAGAACACCCUAGUGAAUGGUAUGGCUGUGCUGCAGUACAAUGAUGUGUCCUUUGAAAUGUUGGCGUCCGCCUUCCCAGAGUGCCUUUCACCUUACAUGGAGUUCUCACAAAGACUUAAAAUAGAGGCUGUGUACAAGCCUCACUGCGACCUACAGAGGAAGGAGAUGGAGAGAAUUCAGAAAGAGGAGAAUAUGUCUCUCCCACAGGACAUAGACUAUAUAUCUUUGCCGGUGUCACUGUCGAACGAAGUCAGAGAGAUUUUGGACAGAGUUCGGCCCAGCACUCUGGGUGCUGCUACACGUUUGCAAGGUAUCACUCCAGCUGCAAUCGUCCAUCUCCUCCACUAUGUGCGCUACAUAGGACAAAAGGAGAGACAAAGGCACAGAAACCAACCAGACCAAAAGGAGGAGAGAAAAGAGGAGCUGUGUGCAAGUAGCGCAUCUUUACCUCAGUGAAAUGAUGACAUAUGAAAGGUCUUGUAAAAAUGUA